AUGGCACCCACGGCGCUAAGAUCAAAAGAAAAGGUCGGCAAGCGUACGGGUCGCGGCGUGGGAGUAAAGCCCCUCCUCGACGAUGCAGAGGGAGGCUCUACUAGCGACGAAAUCCCAGACAAGGACGAGACCGAAGAGCAGCUGGAGAAGCUGUUGUUCGGCGACGAUGCUGGAUUUUUCGAAGGGCUAAAAUCGCACCCUACAGGGUCGCAAUUGACGCACAGGACGGAAAGGACUGUCACAGUGGCAGAAAGUGCAGAAGAUGAGAAUCUCGAGUCAGUUGCCGACGAGAACCUUUUCUUCCUCGAUUCUGGCGCAGACAACCUACCGGACGGCUGGCAUGAUACGCAUGGUCUAAGUGGUGACAACCAGGAUACAGGUCGAACGCCAGCUUGGGUGGACAGCGACGAUGACCGGCUUUCUGUGUCUCUUGCCUCCCAUCCACAGCUGCGCAAGCUACGCAAUGCGGAAGGAGAUGACGUUAUCAAUGGCAUGGAGUACAUCAAGCGGUUACGCAGACAAUACGAGCGACUUCAUCCUACCCCAGUAUGGGCGAGAGUGCGCUCGCAAAGAGCUAGGAACUUGAUGGACAGUAAAAGCAGCGCCUCAGACGACGGUGCGGACUCGGAUAUGUCUCUUGACGACGAGGUUCUUGAUCAAUCGUCAACUGAAGCGCUGAGUGACCUUCUACGUUCCGCUGGAUCAUUCGUACAAGCAGCGUCCCCAUCGCAGCAAUCAUCAAAACGUCGCAAGCUGCGCCCCGAAGUCCUCGACAUUCAACGCACGAAAGACAUUACAGUUAAAGGUCCCUCAUCUGUUGACUCCCUCCAGUUCCACCCCUUCUACCCACUCAUCCUCUCCUCAGGACCAUCAUCGACAAUUUCGAUCCACCAAGUGUUCCCUCACCCUCCAAACCCCAAUCCUCUCCUCACAUCUCUCCACGUCAAAAAUACCCCCUUACAUAGCACUGCCUUCCUACCCCCCUCGGACUCAAGCCCUACCUCAGACUCAACAACAAUUUACCUCUCAUCCCGCCGCCACUACUUCCACACCUGGUCCCUCACCACAGGCGUUACCACCAAAAUCGCCCGCCCCUUCACCUCCAACCCGCAUCUCCGUACCACACAACGCACAACCGAGACCUUCCGUCUCUCUCCCUGCGGCCGCUACAUCGGCUUCAUCGGCUCCGCGCGCAAAGGCGGCGGCUACGUCAACAUCCUGGCCACGCAAUCUACACAAUGGCUCUGCACGUGCCGCAUCGAUAGUCGGGGUGGGGUCGCGGAUUUUGCAUGGUGGGGAGACGGGAACGGGAUUGUUGUUGCGGGCAAGAAUGGAGAGUGCAGCGAAUACGACGUUCAGGAGCGGAGGGUGCUAGGACGGUGGGUGGAUGAAGGGGCGGUGGGCACGACCGUGAUUGCGCUGGGCGGAGACAAUAAAGGAAAGCAAGGUGGCCUAGGCGGACACCGGUUCAUAGCCACCGGCUCAUCAAGCGGGAUCGUCAAUAUUUACGAUCGCCGCGAGUGGAGCAGCACCACCAUCCCGACCAACCCAACACCGCUGCGCACGCUAACGCACCUCACAACGCCAACUUCACACCUCGAAUUCAGCACCGACGGCCAGAUGCUCGUCAUGGCCUCCCGCUGGAAGAAGGACGCGCUGCGCUUGGUCCACCUGCCCAGCUGCACCGUGUAUCGGAACUGGCCGACGGAUAGGACACCGUUGGGGAGGGUGUCGAGCGUGGCGUUGAGUCCGGACGGCGGCUUUUUGGCUGUGGGCAAUGAGCAGGGCACCAUCAGGCUGUGGGAGAUCAGGGAAUGA